GUCGCCAGGAAAGAGGAGCGAGCUGGCUCUCCGCCUGCUGCUCUGCCGCCGCUCCGGCCUCGGUCUGCGGGCGCCCCGGCGACACGGGCGCGCAGCCCCCUCGGCUCGGCCGCCAUGUGACUCCCUCCCGCCACUGCAUCCUUUCUCAAUGUGCGUCCCCAGCGCCCGGCCCUGGCUGUCGUCGGUGUGGCUCCUCCUCCUGCUGAGGUUCCUCUGUCCUCCUCCUCCUCCAGGGGCUUCAGCAUCACACUGUACUUUGCCCAGUCCUGUGAAUGUCCAUUUUGUCUCGAAAAACAUGAAGAAUGUCUUACAUUGGCUUCCACCAGAAGGGUUAGCAGAGGAAAAAGUGAACUAUACAGUAAAGUAUUUAAUAUAUGGCACAAAUAAAUGGAUUAAGAAUUCAGAAUGCAAAAAUAUCAGUCAAACUUGGUGUGACCUCUCAUAUGAAACUUAUGACCAUAAGGAGCAAUAUCAUGCCAGAGUAAAAGCCAUUUCAAAUGGAAACUGUUCCGGCUGGGCAGAAUCUGCACGGUUUAAUCCAUUCACAGACACUAAAAUUGAUCCUCCUGCAUUUUCCCUGUCUUCUACUGAAAACUCUAUUUCAGUCAUUGUGACUCCACCUCAGAAAUGGUGGAGAGGCCCAGAAGAGGAGCCUGAGUAUUUGCACCAAAUAUACCCUAGCCUGCAGUAUAAUGUGACUGUAUUCAACAAAAAAAUUAAGAAAAGGUGGACCUUCUGUAUUAAAAACAACAGCCUGGAAGUACAGCAGUUAGAACCAAACACGGGAUACUGUGUCACAGUGCAAAUAUAUAUUACUCCACUUCUGCUUAGUGGAUUUUCUGAAGAGCGUUGCAUUGAUACUCUGAAAGAUCCUACUUUCAAACAGACAACAAUAAUAUUUGGAUAUAUUUUGCCUGUCUUUUUGACCGUCCUUAUUAUUUUGGUGCCAAGCUGCUGCAUAUAUAGAUACAUUCACACAACAAAGCACACGUAUCCUAAAAACUUGGUUUUGAAGCAUAGUAAUCAAUUUGGGGAAGACAUGUUUGUACCUUCUGAAAAAAUAGUGGUUAACUUCAUCACUGUUACUAUUGUUGAUGAGUACAAGAACUCUCAGGAGCAGAUGCGUUUCAUAGAUCAUGCCAAGAGCUCUGAUGGGAUUUGUGAUGAAAACAAUGUUGAAGAAAUCUCAUUAAAAGAACUAGAAGAAACACAUUCUCCAGACACUUGCCUGACCGAGGAACCUGAAAAUGAGCAAGAUGGAAACAAGCUACCAGUGAUGCCUUCUGGCUCUCACUGUACUUUUGGACAGAAGCACAAUGAAGAGGUUGUAGUAUAUGAGUUUGACAUGAGGGCUGAAGAUGGACUCCCAACUGAGAACAAUCAAAAAGAGCUUCAGUUAAAUGAACACAUUUUUGCUGUAGAGGGACUGCUGCACAGCUCGCCAAAAGCACUCUUGCCAAUUCCUGAAAGAGGACUAUCCUACUAUCUUCCACUGGAUGUGAGAGCACCAAAUAUGUUUUUAAUGCAGAAACUAAGUGAACUCCUUUUGAAUGAGAUGGAGCCUGCAACAGAAAACCUCUGUGAUGACCUCCAACCUCCUUUGAUAAAUCUCAUGACUGAGAAGGUAGAUCAGACUUUCUGUCCUGAAUGUGGUAUCCUUACAGACGUUUGUUUGGUACAUGAAGAAAAGGAGCCCUUUUUGGAUCCGGUGGGUUCUGUACCCAGAGAACCACAAUCUGUCACAAACAUGAUAACGAGAUACACAACCUCACCGUACUGUCCCCAGUUUGUAACAUGGGCCAGCCCAGACCAACAGGCAGCGAAGAAAGUAGAAGAACAGAGCUUAAUAGUUGCCUGGGGUCCACAGACCGAGAGACUUUAUCUGCCCUUGGUGUGUAGUUUAAGAAAUGAAAUACAUGAACAAAUAAUUGAAAAUAAAAAGUACAACAAAUCUCUGGGAAAAGGACUUUUUUCCAGACUUUAUGAGAGACCAUGCUCCGAUGAACCAUUGGAGGAAAAGAAGAAAGUGUAUCUCAGACAACUUAAAGAACAAUGGGGAUUGCACAUACAAACCCAAGCUUAAACACAUUUCACUUCCUCUCACAAAUGUAUUGUACUUUUAAUUUUAUGUAGAAAAUUUAUGUAGAAAACUUUGUAAAUUAGUGUUAUUUGUUUAUAGUAUCUAAAAAUGAUGACCAACAACAAAUGGUCAUUGAUUCCUAUCUGCAGACAACUGCAGCAAAGUGCAUCUGAUGCCAUCUUGCGCUAGUGCAAGUAUUUGAGAAUCAUGUUGAUUCAAACCAGAAUACCUUGUUCUAAAGUUUUGUAGCUCAAAACAGAUGAGAAAUGGGGAAAUAAUAUGUUCACAUGCUGAAUUUGACUCCAGAUCUAAGACGGACAUAUCAGUUAUUUGCAAGAGCAUUUGAUAUCUGAGAUGCCAUGUCUCUGUUCAUGCUGAACAGAAUUUAAUUAUCAAAACAGAAAGCUACCAACUUCCAAGUGACUUCUUUGCAAGAAGUAUAGCAUUGCCUGAGCAGAAAAAAGUACGGAAACAGAGUGACAAUGCCUGUUGGCUAUAAAUCUGCUUAAAUAAAAAUAUUUUGCUUAUACUGACUUUAAAAAGCAGGAUGAUUGCUUGCAAAACACAAGUUAUUGGGAACUAAAACUGUGUUUUCCUGCAUAGCUUUUAGUCAUGUUUGUGCUCUUCUAUACCUUAACGAAUGGCCCUAAAAAGGGUUUCAUGAAAUGUGCAUCAAUCACUGGAACUUGUUUCCUCAUAAUAUGUACAGGACCAUGGACCCAUCUACACAAUACAGGUUGCCAUGUUCCAAGGUGGUGAUUUGUCCGACGGGGUACUUGCCACAAGUGUUGAUUGUGUAAAUGUUAAUCUGAGGUGUAUAGUGUAAAGAACAUUUUUUUUAAAAAAAUCCAUUGGAAUGUAUUCUUAUCCAGACUAGAGUUCUGGAGGCAGAUGACCAUUUUUAAAGAUGGUUUGGAAUCAGAACUCUAUGGGCAGGAGGACCCGGAAGCCUCAUUCUUUAGGAUUAUUCAAACAUUCAAAAUGUUAACAGUCUGAAAAGAUAUAAGAAAUCAUAAUGGAAAUUUUUGAGGAGGGUACUUUCGAUGGCAAGCUACCAACUCCACAUCACUAAAUAUAUAUGGUCACUUCUAUAAAUGAACAAAUAUGACUGAUGAAAAUGAAAUCUACUCAUGACGACUGUAUCAUCUAGAUCAGUCUGCAGUUCCUGGAGCAUAUGUGGGAUAAAAUACCACCAAGUGAGGAGCAAACAUUUUGUAUCGAUUAAGAAAAUACCAUCUUAACCAUUGAUUGUAAUAUACUAUAGAAAAGUCUUUUAGCACCACCAUUUCAAAUGCAAGAUGUCUUCCUUUCUUACUGGCAUCAUGAUUGUAUGUGUUCUGGUCAGUCUGGAUUAUUUACUGUGUAUACACAGAACCUGUCACUCUCUGUGAUGGCAAUCUUUGUCAUCAAAUGUAUACUUUGUAAAGCACUGGACCUAAUCUCACGCCAUCCACCCCCCUUCCUGUGUGAGAUACAUGCUUGCACCUGUUAGGGUAUACAUUAAGCUACUGUAGAUGUACAGCUGAAAAUGUUGUGUAGUUACUUUUAGUAUAAAUAAAUGUUUGAGAUAA